GUCAGAUUUGUCAGUCAAUCAGUCAAUGUCAAAUACGCCUCCCGUUUAGGAAAGUCGCGACGUAAACAAAUUAAAAAAUCCAACAGAAUAAUAAAUAAUUCGUGAUAAUAAACACAGAUAAUAGUGGAUCAUUUUGUUUAUCGGCGAUGGAUAGUGCAUUUGUAGUAAGACCACUUAAAUAUCGUGAUUGAUAAGCAAAUGAGAUAUCAAUGCGCUCUUCGGUGAGCUACAUUCUGUCUCACGCGCCAGGCGAGUCGGUGAUGUCGCACCCUGACUACUCGCAGCAUGCCCAGCACCAUGCGUGCCUGCUGGUGCUCGUCAAAGGCAUCGGCGGCAUGCUCAAGAACUUCAACAAGCUCUGGGAGAGAAUACAAAGGGUCAAUAAUAUUAAAGUAACUGAUUCUACUGGCCAAGUAAGAGAUAUAUGGGUGAGAUAUGUCCGUGACUACCCAGUGGAAAACAAUGAUUGGGGUGACUUUCAAACUCACAGGCGAUUGCUAGGCCUCAUAACACUGAGUAAGUUCACCAAUCAAGUGGAGUUGAAUGAAGUAUGUAGGGUCCAUGAGUCACUCAAAGUGAAGUACUCGAACACCCUUUUUGACUCCCGAGCCUUCAUGUUUGGGCCGGUCAGCAAUAUGAAGAAACCGGAACAGGAACCUGAGACAUACAGCUACUAUGAAGAGGAAAGGCCUCUGAAAGAUGGGAUGAGUGAUAGAGCAUCCAUACCCAGUGAACAGGCAGACAGCCUAUCCUCUUUAGAAAGCUUCCCCCAAUCCACUUCUUCAAACUCCUCAUAUCCUCUUCAAGAAGAAAACUUCACAAUACCCUCAAACUUCAAGACUCAUGCCAUGUUUCAUGGUGAGAAUGACCCGGUACCAGACCUGGAACAGAAUGUGGCUGAUCUCAUCAACUCGCUGUUCUGGGUUGUGGAGUCCAAGAGGUUGGAAAGGUCUAAGGAGAAAUUGGAGAAAGUGUCGUUACUGUUAGCGCCGUUUGAGAAGAAGGAUUUUGUUGGUCUCGACAUGGAGUCCCGUAACAAUAAGAAGCGUUGCAUGGGCCGCGUUACAAAGAACCUGGCAGAUCUGACGUUGCAGGCCGGCUUGGUGGCUGAAAGUCUGUGCUUGUACAACUCCUCCGCUGAACUAUUGAAGACUGACUGGCUUUGGUUGGCUGCAGCUAAAGAAGGCCUGUGUACUGCCUCAGCAAUACUACUAUACCCGAACCUCCGCAAUCCCACCCCUCUACACAGAAACGCGAGUCUCCAAGAGAACUCGCCCAACAAGGCGAAACAGCUAUCCCUAUUCCAACCAACGUCAGACGCCUUCAGAAAGUUAAAACUCACUUCAUCUCCACUACGUACAUCGAAAACUUCUAGUCCAGUCAACCCACCCAGUGAACUAACCCCCACUUCAUCUGACAGUGUCGAAACUUCUUCUAGGCAGUCAGAGACUGAUAAUGCAGACUCCGAAUCUCUGGCGUCUUCAAGCGAUAUUGAGUACCAAAGCCACAAGUCCUUCUUAGGCCCUGAUCUCCCUUCUAUUCCUCGGCAACCCCCUUCUCAGAUCAACAAUCAGUAUUUGCUGAACGGUGAAGAAAUUGCAGAGAGAUACCGCGAAGCUAUAAUGGACUACAGUAAAUAUAAGAAUGCUGGUGUGAUUGAAACUGAAGCGUGUUUUAAAGCGGCCCGCAUUGCUGUGGAGCAAGCCAAUAGUUUGCACGCGUCCAGUUUCCUGCAAAACGUCAUAUUUAUUAACUUGACUCUGAGUGAACAAGAGAAGAUACAGCGGUUCGAAACCUUGGCGGAACUUUAUAAGGAGAUUGGUUUCCACCGCAAGGCUGGUUUCUGCCAGCGCUUAGCCGCGACCCGCCAAGUCAGCCCGAACAACCCGAGCCCCGACUGGCAGAAGUGCUACUACCUGAUGCUGCACAGCUUCCCAGGGUACAAGCUCAGCUUGGACCCCAACUAUGUUAUACAGUAUCAAGUUGGUUGGCCGGCCCUACAAAUCCAGUUGCUCCAAGAGUUAGUGGUGGCCUCCCGUCGCAUGGGACACCCGGCGCUGGCCACCAGACACAUGACCUUCCUCCUGCAGACCAUGUGGCCGCAUCUCAGCAGGCAGGAGCAUCGAGAACUCGCUAUACAGUUGCAGGCGCUAUCAGCCCAAUGCGAAGGCGGUCCAGUCCCCCUAGUGCUAGAGACAGGGGAAGUCAUUCCCCCCGCGAACCUCACCCACGUGCCACAAUGCUCGUGGUUCAGCGCGAGGCCGCUGCCGCCGGCGCGGGCGCCGCACCUGAGGCAAGCCAAGCCUACACACGGACCCUUCAUAUUUACCCCGAUACACUUUGGCAGUUUGGAAAGGAAUGCGAAGAAGGAUGAGGGGAAAAUGGAAUACCUCUGGGUAGAAGACGACAUAUGCGAGGUCCAAAUGAAGCUAACAAAUCCUCUGCCAUUUGAACUGAAAGUAUCAAACAUGAGGCUUCUAACAUCAGGCGUAGUAUUCGAGUCCCUACCCGAAACUAUUAUCCUUCCCCCCGACUCGCCCACAACUGUCAACCUUCACGGAACACCGAAGGAAGUGGGCGAGUUACAAAUACUUGGAUAUUCAACCCAUACCUUAGGUGUAAAGUCUAAUUGUCGCCUGAAAAAUAUGCCUACUCCGCAUAAAUUUCCCGCUUCGUAUACCAUUGAGGUGAUACCAAGUCUACCUACAAUAACUAUAGAGACGAUUGUAACGCCCUCUGGUAACUCUAACGGGUUGAAUAUAGAAAAUGUUGGCAGCACCACGAAUAUAUCCCUGUUUAAUGGCGAAAGUACGGACUGUUCGAUCAAUAUUACGAAUACGAGUAACGUGCCGAUUGAACAUCUUGAGUUGGCUAUACAGUCAAACAUGGACAGCCAGCUCCAAUCAAAAGUGUUCCAAUAUUCAAACGAGGACAUACAGUCUCUCCUACCCAUCGCGCCAAACGCCACAGCUACAAUAGCCAUUAAAUUGUACGGCGAGGCAGAUUUCCUCGACCUGGGGGGAGUUGGAGGGGAGAAUUUGUUCCCCAAUAGCCUUAACUCGAAUUACCCCUCAAGAGUGGGGUCCCCGGUACCAAAUGCUCAGACUUCAUUGCCUACACAAAGCUCUAAUCCACACACGUCUUUGAGUAGUGGACUCAUACCUAAUAGGACUUCUGGAAGUUUCAGAUCAACAAACUCUCAUACAACGAGUUGGUCUGCACCCAUUUCUGUAAUGUCACCUUCAAGAGGACGCCAAAUAGAAACUCAGUUAAUAAUCAGGUAUUCAGGCGGUGAAGGCAAAGAUAUGCAUUGCCGUCAAUCAACGCUUCAGAUCAAUUUGGAACUGCUGCCGAGCGUUUCUAUAACUCACUGGGAUGUUUUACCAGCAGAAAUUCCAUCACAACUGUACCUGGUGCUGGACGUGACUAACCUGACGUCAGAGGAGAUGGACUUCCACUACGCGCCGAGUAAACACAUACUCAUUGAGAGCAAGGAGUCCUGUCGUGUGCCCGUGCCUUUAGACCGCUGUCCUUUUAAUACUACACCUAGCAAGACGACUGAUGAAGAUCUCGUAGAAUCCAAGUCAACGAACACAGGCACAUCAACAAACAGCUUAGAGCUGAUGUGUUCGGAGCACAUCACGAACAACACAGCACUGCGCUGGCAUCUCAUGCAGUCCGACACUCAGGGCAAAGCCUCCGUGAAGGGCAUCACCUUGUCGCAAGCCAUGAUGGACAUUGUACGGAUGUCGCCUUUGAAUUGGGAAGUAAGCGUAAACAGCCAAUGCAUAAAGCCGCAAGAGGAAUACAACUGCACUGCCGGCGAGUGUCUGUCCCUCGGCGUGGCUGUGUGGAACCAUCUGUCGCGACCUUUGCACAAGCUCUGUCUGUCAGUGCAGUUCUACCAGGAUUAUAACAAUGGAGUGCUCAGCUACAAGCUUGACAACCGCGUCGCUACCGCCGGGAAUAAUAAAGUGGUACUCACAACGUUACCAGAAUCAGCGAAAGCAUACCACGAAUGUACCGUGGUGUUCUUAACCCCUGGCGAAUACAAGAUCGACAUUCAGUGCUCCACAACUGAACCUAUAUUAGACGAAGUUCCCCUCAUAAAGGAAACUGAUCACCCAUCCAUUAUACAGCCGUGUGCCGGCGAAGUUAGUCACAUUUGGCGGUUCAUACCACCCGUAGCUAUAAGCGUUACUGAUUAAAUAUAACAGUUAUUAUUUAUUGGACGUAGUUACGGACGUAAGAAAUAUUGAAUAUUAAUUUUAUCCGACUGCACCACUGCGCCAAAUAGUCGUACAAUAAAACAUAGUGAAGUACAUUUACUAAAAACUUAUUUAAUGCAGAGUAUUAUGUUUUGCUAUAUAUUAGCGACAGUUGCUCAACCCGGACUGCUUAAACUAAAUUGUAAUAGGUGCAUACAUGCUAGACUUUUUUUUUAAUUAAUCGUGCUAACUUACGAAAGCUUUUUCGAACUGAAACUGUUAGUCUAAAAAGUAUUAUGUAGCUUUGGUAAAUAAUUACAUUUUGUUAAGCUAAUAAAUAAAGCUUUAAUGUUUAAUAUUAAUUUGAUACUUGCUCUAACGGGCUUAUAUCUGCUGUCGCUGGAUAUUGCAAUAAAAUCAUUUCUAAAGCCUAAGCAAGUCUCAAGUUAAGAGUAACUACGUCUAAUAGUAUCUGUUAACUCUUUAAACUUAUUUAUGAAUGUAUUACUCUCUAUUUAAAAAACUCAUUUACUGUCAAAAAAAUAUAAAUUUUCUAUUAUUUCA